GUCGAAGGGGGCGCGGUGUCUCUCGUUGAGGGUUCUGGUUGGUAGGCUCAGUCACGCGGGCUUUGCCGGUGGCGCGAAUUCCUUCUAUUGUCUGUGCUGGAGCCGGAGUGGGGAAGCCAUCAUGGAUCUAGCAGCGGCAGGGGAGGCUGGGUUGGUAGCUGCGGGGGCGCUUAAGCAGAUCCGCGAUGAGGUGGCCGAGAAGUGCCAGAAACUGUUCCAGGACUUUCUUGAAGAAUUUCAGAACAGUGAUGGAGAAGUUAAAUAUUUACAUGAUGCAGAGGAACUGAUCCGUCCGGAAAGAAACACAUUAAUUGUAAGCUUUGAGGAUCUGGAACAGUUUAAUCAGCAACUUGCUACCACUGUCCAAGAAGAGUUCUAUAGAGUCUAUCCUUUCUUGUGUCGAGCUGUAAAAACCUUUGCCAGAGACCAUGGAAAUGUUCCUUCCAACAAGGACUUCUAUGUUGCUUUCCAGGACCUACCCACCAGGCACAAAAUUCGAGAAAUGACAUCGGCUCGAAUUGGAUCGUUAAUGCGUAUUAGCGGGCAGGUAGUCCGCACCCACCCAGUUCAUCCAGAGCUCGUAAGCGGAACAUUCCUGUGUCUGGAUUGCCAAACGGUGAUAAAAGAUGUGGAGCAGCAGUUCAAGUACACACAGCCCAGCAUCUGCAGAAACCCGGUUUGUGCCAAUAGGAAACGGUUCCUUCUGGACACCAACAAAUCGCGAUUUGUUGACUUUCAAAAGGUCCGUAUUCAGGAAACACAGGCUGAACUACCCCGAGGGAGCAUUCCUCGCAGUGUUGAGGUGAUCUUGCGUGCUGAAGCUGUGGAAUCUGCUCAGGCUGGUGACAAGUGUGACUUCACGGGUUCUCUCAUUGUUGUGCCUGACGUAGCCCAGCUAUCCACCCCAGGUGUGCGGGCAGAAACUGGCGCUCAUGUGAGUGGCAAAGAAGGCUAUGAAACUGAAGGUGUCAGAGGACUUCGUGCACUUGGAGUCAGAGAGUUAUCCUAUAAGUUGGUUUUUCUAGCCUGCUAUGUUGCACCAACAAACCCAAGGUUUGGUGGUAAAGAACUGCGAGAUGAAGAACAAACUGCAGAAAGCAUUAAAAACCAGAUGUCUGUAAAGGAGUGGGAGAAAGUAUUUGAAAUGAGCCAGGAUAAAAAUCUUUAUCACAACCUUUGUACCAGCCUCUAUCCAACCAUACAUGGUAAUGAUGAAGUUAAGCGAGGGAUUUUACUCAUGCUGUUUGGUGGAGUUCCGAAGACAACAGCAGAAGGCACUUCACUGCGUGGUGACAUCAACGUUUGUAUUGUUGGUGAUCCAAGUACUGCCAAGAGUCAAUUUCUUAAGCAUGUGGAGGAAUUCAGCCCCCGAGCUGUAUACACCAGUGGGAAGGCCUCUAGCGCUGCUGGUUUAACAGCUGCUGUUGUGAAAGAUGAAGAAUCCUAUGAAUUUGUCAUUGAAGCUGGAGCUCUAAUGUUGGCAGAUAAUGGAGUCUGUUGCAUUGAUGAGUUUGACAAAAUGGAUAUGAGGGAUCAAGUUGCCAUUCAUGAAGCAAUGGAGCAACAGACUAUAUCCAUUACUAAAGCGGGAGUUAAGGCUACUUUGAAUGCCAGGACCUCCAUUUUGGCAGCAGCUAACCCAGUUGGUGGACGUUACGAUAGAGCAAAGUCUCUGAAACAAAAUAUAAACCUAUCUGCUCCUAUCAUGUCCAGAUUCGAUCUCUUCUUUAUUCUUGUGGAUGAGUGCAAUGAGGUUACAGAUUAUGCUAUUGCUAGGCGCAUUGUGGAUCUUCAUUCUAGGAUAGAAGAAUCAAUUGAUCGCGUGUAUUCACUAGAUGAUAUCCGAAGGUAUCUUCUCUUUGCCAGGCAAUUUAAACCAAAGAUUUCUAAAGAGUCAGAGGAUUUUAUAGUUGAACAAUAUAAGCGCUUGCGCCAGAGGGAUGGUUCUGGCAUUACAAAAUCGUCAUGGAGAAUCACAGUACGACAGCUGGAAAGCAUGAUUCGACUGUCUGAAGCAAUGGCACGGAUGCAUUGCUGUGAUGAGGUACAUCCAAAACACGUGAAAGAAGCCUUCAGGUUAUUGAACAAAUCAAUCAUACGAGUUGAAACUCCAGAUAUCAAUUUAGACCAAGAUGAAAAUCAAACCAUUGAUGAGCCUGAGGCCCAGGAUGGAGUCACAAGAGAUGAAGAAACUACAGUUGUUAAUGGCUUGGUGAAUGGCAUCAAUGGCCAUGUGGAUGAUUUGAACAAAGAUUUGGCACCAAAAGCUUCCCUAAGGCUUAGUUUCCCUGAAUAUCGCAGAAUCUCAAACCUCAUUGUGAUGCAUCUGAGGAAAGCAGAAGAAGAAGAUGAUGAUGCCUCCUUAAAGAAAAGCGAGCUUAUCAACUGGUAUUUAAAGGAAAUGGAAAUGGAAAUAGAGUCUGAAGAAGAACUGAUAAAUAAAAAGAAUAUAAUAGAAAAAGUGAUCCAUCGUCUUACACACCAUGACCACAUUCUAAUUGAGCUCACUCAGACUGGAUUGAAAGAUUCAGAGGAAGAACAGAGCUUUGAUGAAGACCCUUAUCUUGUCGUCAAUCCUAACUACUUGCUGGAAGUCUAGGGUUUAUGAAACCAUUGCAACAGGAUCAACACGUCCAUUUCCUAUUAGAGACCACCACUCACUGGCUGAUUAUAUCUAUUGUUGUACAUAAUUGGCUAACCGGAAUGUCACAAAAUUCACCCACCUUGCCUUUUUACUAAUUUUUUACUCAGAUAAAAGCAUCUCCCAUCCUUUUCCAGAAAAAGAGUCAUGAAAUCUGAUAAGGGAGAAGUUGGCUUUUUUUCUGUAUUUUACUUAAAAUAAAACUUUUUUUACAUAAUUUUUCGUUAUUUCAGUAGCAUGAUUUUAUGCUGUAGAUUUUUCCGCCCAACUGUCUUAUUUGUGUAAAAUAAAUAAACACUUCUAUAUAUACGAA